AAAACUGUCAAAAAAGCGCUUCGUUUAUUGCUUUGCUUUGUUUAUUUAUAUAAUUUCCUAUUUUCAUUUAAAGUCUUUCAUCUACUUUGUAAAUUAACAUUAUGCCAAGUCAGUUUGAAGAAGAGCGAGUGUGGGAGGGAUCCAAUCAUAACCAUUUUGAGGAAGACGGCGGGGAAGAUGUUAUUGAAAAUCCAGAAGAAGUGUUACAAGAAUGCCUUGAGAAAUUUAAAACUCCCGAUUAUAUUAUGGAACCGGGUAUUUUUGGACAAUUGAAACGAUACUUCCAAGCUGGUGGGAACCCAGAGCAAGUUAUUGAACAGUUAUCAAUCAACUAUAAUGCCGUUGCCCAAAUGGCAAAUCUGUUAGCAGAAUGGCUUAUACUUGGAGGUGUUAAGGUAACUGAAGUGCAAGCGAUGGUUGAAAACCACUUAAAAGAUAUGAUUCUUAAAACAUUUGAUCCAAAGAAAGCAGAUACUAUAUUCACAGAGGAGGGUGAGACUCCUGCUUGGCUGACUGAGAUGAUUGAACACCCUACGUGGAGAUCAUUGAUAUAUAGGUUGGCAGAGGAAUACCCUGAUUGUCUUAUGCUUAACUUCACAAUUAAGUUAAUUUCAGAUGCUGGCUUUCAAGGUGAAAUCACUAGUAUAUCUACAGCAGCCCAACAGAUAGAAGUAUUCUCUCGGGUGCUCAAGUCUUCCAUAGUUGGUUUUCUUCAGAGCUCUGAUGAUUGGCAAAACAGUGUGAAUGAAUGUGCAAAAAUGGUGUGCCAUGGCGCCCACACGUACGUGUACAGCCAGGUCAUCGUGCACAUACUGUCCCAGGAACCUCGCGGCGGUGCUAUUAUGAAACGACUUAGUCAAGAAAUUACGCGAUGUGCACAACAGAGCGGGCACGACGUGACGCCCAUCACGCUGGCGCUGACGACGGGCGACAGCUGGCGCGGCGCGCGCACGGCGCUGGCCGCCAUGCUGUCGCGCGGCGCGCUCAACCCCGCCGACAUCUCCGUGCUGUUCCGCGUCUACACGCAGCCCGACCCGCCGCCCGUGCACUUGCUGCGCAUCCCACAGUUCCUGGAACUCCUAGUGGACGCGUUAUUCAAACUAGGAAGCAAGCUAAACCCGGAGCACAAGUCGAAGUACAUGUACCUGCUGGCGUACGCAGCGAGCGUGUGCGAGGGCCACGCGGGGCGGCCGCUGAAGGACGAGCUGAAGGCGACGGUGCAGGCCAUCGAGAAGGUGCACGCCGUGUGCGGCAGCUCCGCCAGCUCCAGCGAGCUCGUUGCUGAACUACCCACCCUGUAUCACUGUAUAAGAUUUCCAGUAGUAGGCAUGGGAGUACUGGUGUGGGUGGAGUGUGUCGUGACAGAGCCGUCGUACUUCAAGCUGUGCACAGAGCACUGUCCCGUGCACCUGGCGCUGCUGGACGAGGUCGCGUCCUGCCACCAGCUGCUGCACCACAGGCUGCUGAGGCUGCUCGUCCAGUUGUUUGAAUCUCCGCAAGACGAAUUGGAAAUUUUAGUGCAGCUGGAGCUGAAGAAGAUGCUUCUGGAUCGUAUGGUGAACCUGCUGAGCCGCGGCUGCGUGGUGCCCGUGCUGCGCUACAUCAAGCAGUGCUGGCAGAGAGGCGACACAGACAUCUCCUUGAUAAGAUACUUCAUCACGGAGGUUUUAGAUGCAAUAGCGCCGCCGUAUACCCCCGAGUUCGUUCAACUGGUUUUGCCAAUGGUUGAAAAUGAAGAAAUCACGGGUACCAUGCGCGCGGAAGGAGAAAAUGAUCCAGUUUCGGAGUUUAUAGUCCACUGCAAAGCACAUUAUGUGGUGGUAUAACACAAAUGAAGAUUCAGUGCAUGAUCCCGGAAAUGAUCAUUCUACUACCCUAGUAGAUUUAAGUAAUAUAAGUAUAAUA